AAACGUGUGUGUGUGUGUGUGUCUGUGAAUGAUUUCGAGCGCAAGCCUCGCUUUUGGAACUUGGAACGCCCGCAAACUCUUGGUUCUUGUGUCGUUCCAAAUCGAGGUGAGAAUUUGGGCGGCAUUGCCUGAUGAUCCUUCAGUUACUCCUUGUUCCAUGGAUACAAUAGUGUGAAGGAUGUAGACCUCUUUAAUGACAAAAACAAUGACACAUUCGUGAUCAUGGCUUUGACCGUGAAAAGCUGGGGUUGAGCCCCCCAUGACAUGAUCGACACUUUUUGCCUGUUUUUUUUUCGUGUUCCAAAAAGUGUCCAAUGAGGGUGGGACGUGUGGUUUGAGUCUCAAUCAACAGUUGUGCAGAGAAAAUUGAGCCUCGAGUGCAAGUAGUUCCACUUCUUGGACCCUAACAGGUACACAAUUGAUCGGGAUAAAAUGAGCAAGGCACACUCUUUGGAUUCUGGGGUAUCAUGCGAGGCAUCCGACUAUAAUACCAAGCCAACUCUCUCAGGCCUCGUCUCUGAUCCCAAGGCCUUUGCCUCCUCAUGUCAAGGCCAGCAGGUGGGCCAUGGAACCAGCGUACAGCCAGAACAGCAAUACCGAGCACAACCUUCUGUCCGAGGGGCUCCAGACACUCUCCCCACAUCCUUAUCUAGUUCGUCCUCCGCGGGCGUCGUCGUCCCUCUCCAGGGGCUCGCACAAGGUGGCGGUGGAUGCCCGAGCAAAACGCCGUUGAUCAAUUCCACCACCUCGACGACGCCAACUCCUCUCCCCAUGGUUCUGCAUGAAGAGGAUGAAGAGGAAGAGGAAGAGGAGGUCAUGACAAGUGUUCGCUUGCCUGUCAAACAAAGUAGUUCAAGCGGAGGUGCAGCGAGUGAUCCCUCCAUAUCUUUGGCUCCUGCUCCCCCGCCACGACCUCGAAGCAAACGGACCACCUGUGGCAUUAGAAGGUCCUCGCGAAUAGUCACUCAUGAGGACGACGAAGAGGACCUUGGACUUCCAUCUAAUGCUCCUCCCGUGGUUAUACGACCGGCCCUAGUGGUUCCGCAUGCGCCAAGCGGUGAUGCCGAUGAUGAGUACGAGGAGGAAGAUUGUGUUUUUGCUCAUGUUGUGAUCGGUGGUGGGUCCCUGCGAAGGCAGUCGAAUAGUUUCGAGUUAGGUGAAAGUGGACAACAACGUCAGAGACAUCUUCGAUUUCUACGGGCGGUUCACUCUGCUACGGCCCGGUUAAACAGCAGCACACAGUCCACCGAUAAAGAAGACAAUAUUGCUCGUUCAGGGGACAAGAACAAAUUGUCUCCCAAUUGUCUGCCAUCAACGAAGGCCCAAGGGGAACUUGCUAAAGGCCAGGACGACGAUGACGAGGAAGAGGGUGAUGAAAACUCGAUUGGUGGAUUGGGGAAACGGAUUAGAAAGCUCUCAAGUCGAACCAUCGAAUUUUGUGAUAGUAUUGAUGAGCUCACAGCGUCAGGAACCAAUUCGUUAAGGAUCCCGGGGGCAUCUGGAAGUGGGACUGAAUCACAAGCUGAAGGUGCCAUUCACAAUAGUUGUAGUGGCAUUGCUCCAACGACUUCAGCCGCGUCCUUGAAAAUGGGAAACGAACUCAAGAAAGCGGGGAACAAUGCCCUACCCACUCUUCAAGUCAAUCCACCCCAAGGCAAUGGACCCACUCAUCACAGACAUGGACCUACAUCCUUGGCUCAAAGGCCCAAGAGCCCGUUGGCAGGCCCUCCUCUGAAUGAACCUUUCCCUGCCGAGUAUAAGCCAACAAAAAAUGUUCCUACCUCAUUAGCCAUUGUAGAGGCGGAGGUGGUAACAUGCGCUCUCCAAUCUCCCAUGAGAGGCAAAGACAUGAUGCGAGUACCUCAAUUCUCAAUGUCCGUAGAGUCAGAUGCGAGUCACGUGAGUCACGAAUCAGCUAGCACAGUCAUCACCAACACAACAAUGACCCACAGUGCCAGUGGGCACAACUUCAACGCUGGAACGUCAAAUCGCGGAAGCAUCACUUCCACUAAUUCCAACGCGGCCCUGCUACCAGCUUCUGUCAAAGGGGGAGCCGGUGGCCAUUAUCCAGUGGACAGAAACCAUCUGCCCUCACAACCUCAAGCAUCGCAGCCAAGUUCUUCAUCGUCUUCAGGGCUUAGUGGGGCAUUGUCAAGCUUAGCUUCAUCUUUGAUGUCCAUGAGGCACCGCUCAUCAAGUGAGACGAAUAGGAAGCGGCAACAACAACGAGGCGAUGGAAGUAGUUCAAGGAGUAAUUCGACUGAAAGGCCUUUGAAGAUUAAUGAAAUUCCCCCUGGACACCAAAGUUGGUCAUCAACGCCGACGCAAAUCCCGCCCUCGGUGUCAAACCGCCGUGGUAUGAGAAAUACUGGUCACAUGGCCACCACAAGAAAUGCCUUUCGAAGGCAAGACACCCCUCACUCAGGCAUGGAAAUCGAACAAUACGCUUCACAAAGCUCCACCUCGAGACAACGAAGGGGUGCCAUGCACUCUCAUCAAAGAGCCCGACUGCAAGGCUUUAUUUCCGAUGGAUCCUCUUCCUCCCAAUCCCAAUCCUUGGGAUCCUGUGAUUUUAUGACACCACCUUCUAUCGUAUGCACGGACCAUGACCCUUCUAAUAGUUCGAGUCGCAAUACCUCCAACUCUUCCAACGCCACACCCGUAGGUUUUGGAUCUUCUCUUGAUGAUGCACCUGAUCAACCCGAAUGUGAUACUCCAGUCAUGGACGAAUUUGCCCAGUUUCUGAAUGCUUCAAUACAUCCACCCAAUGAACUUAGCGUACCUCGAUGCUACCCUGACCCCUCAUUGCCCUCGUCUCCAACUCUUUUGCAUCCAAUGUCUAUGCCCGGGUCUCGCCGUAGUUCCUCCUCCAGAGGUACCGCUCUCAGUAUCUCCCAAUACCGAAAUGCCCGGUCUCUUUCACUCGGAUAUCAACAACAACAGCAGCAACACCACCACCAACAGCAACAACACCAGCUAUCUCACCCUCAGAGUCCGUAUCGCAAGGAGUCCUUGUCUCCUAGUCCUGUCAGAUCAAAUCGAGUCUUGAUCAGUCAAGGGGGAAGCCUUCAGUCUCAGUCAUCCCUUUUGUGCUCCCCAGGGGGAACUCGACCAGUUCUUCGAAGGGAGUCAGCUCAAGAUUUUGGUGACGACGAUGAUGUUCCAGCUCGUCUGCGAUUGAACUUGCCCAAGCAACCUCCUGAUCUGAAGAUCGAGCUUCUCACCGAAUCAAGUGCAGGCACCACGCCCUCAUCGGCCAGUCCAUAUCAUAACAAUCAGUCCCGCUCAGCAUCGCUUUUCCCCUACCAGGACUCGCCCGGUGCAGGGCCUGACUACUCGGGAGGAGCCCCUUAUCGAAGGCACUCCCAUUGUCAACGGCCACCGCCUAUCUCUCGCAAUAAAUCUGCCCCCGCUACUCCCCUUUCAAGGUCCAUUACGAAUGUUACGGCUAAUCGAAUGCCCCGAAGUCCCUCUCGAGAUGGAUAUCUCAUGGUUCCUGAACGUCAAAGAGGCAGCUCGUUGCCUGAAGGUAGAGAACAAAAGCAACCCGAGAGUGAUUUGUACCGACUUCGACAGUUCACCAUCAGUAACAAGAGGAUCGUCAAAAGAAGCGACUCUCUUCAGCCUCGCCGGAGUGUUGGCAGCGUUCACUCAAGUGCCUCCAGCAGUUUGAGCCACUCCCACUCUGGGCGUUCCAGUCUUCGCUCUAGUACAGAAGAUGAUGAUCCUUGUUCUAGUCGGAAUAGUUCACUGUGCUCACCCCGAUUUACGGUGCUCAUGUGUGGAGCUUCGGAAGUGGGGAAAACACUGCUCACCAAUCAGUUCAUGUCGAGUUCAGACGUGGGAAACUACAGCAAUUUGACAGAAGAUGACUACGACGAGAAAUGUGUUUCCGUUCUACUGGAAGGGGAAGAGGCCGAGUUGGUGUUCAUCGAUCAUCCGAGUGCGGAAAUAUCGGUUGAGAAUGCCUUGGCUACCUACAUUCCCGACGCUAUGGUGGUGGUUUUCAGUGUGGUCGACAACGAGACCUUGGGUGAGGCGGAGGAAAUUCUUCAAUAUCUUUGGCGAACCAAUUGCAUGAACGACAAGGCCGUGAUUAUGGUGGGCAACAAAACAGAUUUGGUGAGGAGUCGCCAAGUCAACAUUGUGGAUGCAAAAGCCAUUGCCACCUCGUACGAUUGCAAGUACUCGGAGACUUCCGCAUCCCUCAAUCACAACGUGGAUGAGCUUCUGGUGGGCAUUCUCACUCAAAUCCGCUUGAAACUCAACGAAAGGAGUCGCUUUCAUCGCCGGAAAGGCUCCAGACGAGGAUUGGGUGGCGGUGGGGGAUCCACAGUGAGUGGCAUCAAUCGUCGGAAAUCGGCUGGGGUGCGGGUCCGAGGUAUCAUCGGCAAGAUGUUGGGUGGGGAUUCCAAAUCCAAGUCCUGCGACGACCUUCAUGUGCUCUAACUAAUGGAGACGAACAAGAAAUUCUGGGUCGAUGAGGUUGUCACGUCAGUGUUCCAUUUUCUGAGCCCUUUUGGAAUCUGAUGGCUGACACCCUGAAUGCAGGAUAAGGAUCUCAUUCCUUGUCUAAAAUUAAUUCGUACAUGCCCAUCGUGCAUAAAAUCAAGUCAUUUGGCCAUCGCAAUCAACACUGGGCCCUCGUAUCAAUAACUCGUUCGUCGUCUUCAUCUCAGUCAAAAAAAGAAUGGACUCAUAUCAUAAUCAUCGUUACCACCGUAAACCUUGAUAACACUCUAUUCAUUUUGAAUAUCACCACUUUCAUCACUACCAUCACCAUGAAUGUCACCACAUCCAAAACGAUCUACUUAUCCAAGUGCACCUUUUUCUAGCCAAAAAAAACUACUACAAAUACUUAUAUGCAUUCGUAUUUUGAAACGUAUGAAAAUUUGAAAACUACAGUCAACACCUUAAUGCCAAUAAUUUUUCUACUCCCAACAAUUCUUCGUGCCCGGUGGCAAAGGACCGACUUCAAAACUUGACGGUCUUUUGAUUAUCUGAUUGUGAAUGAUAUCCAUCGAUUGUGUUUUCAUAUCAUCUCAAUGUGUCUCCCACCUUCAGCUACAAUUGCAUUUGCAAUAAAUCAAUUCUAUAUUUGA